GGCCGGCCGAAGCGAACGUGUCUGCGGUUAUAGUAUUGCCCGCACCGGGCGCAUGUUUCAGUGAAAUUUCGUUAUGCCGAUGUCGUCGUGAUUCUGUAACAAAAAUGGACUUUCAGAGUGCUAUGGAGACAUUCGCCGAGGCAUGGGCAGCUGCCAAUACUGUCAAAUCAGAGGCCCCGAGUGAUUUAUCGCAGAAUUUGUCAUCGGAUCUACGUCGCAGUAAAACACCGCCGCGACGGUCGCCAGAGGAGCGUGCGGUUCCACGGCCACCGUCUGCGCCAGCGGCCCAAGAGCGUGGCCCUCACACUCCACACACGCCGCACACGCCACACACGCCAUACACCCCGCAUCUAUCGCCCAAGAAAGAAGCUUUCAAUAACCUUUUAAACAAAGGAAUAUCAGGUAAAACACUACCGGUGCACUGCGUGGUGGAAGCGGUAUCGUCUUUGGAGGAGGGCACGUGGCGUCGCCGCGCCGUGGUAGAGACGGAUAGCUACGUCAUCAUCCCCGCCGCCACCGCCUUCCACGAGCUGGUCCCCGCCGCCAUGAUGAGGCUCGGAUACCCCCAUGAACUCGCUGCCUCCGCUAAAGGUUCAGUGGUAAUAAACAACUGGAAACCACUCUCCUUCGAGAAGAUCUCUGAUGGUCCACUGGUGACUGUAGGCGAGGUGUUGGGUGAGCUGACGACUGUCGCCACGCUGCGGAUCCAACUCCUUAGACCGAGGCUUACACCGCUCCAGGAUAUUAAGGACAAACUUUUAAGGCUGUUGCUGGUGCAGAGCAGACCUUUGUUGAUUUCAACUGGAUGCCCUUUAGAUGAGGUCACAUUAGCUCAGAUUUGUAGAGGGCAAGAUCGUACACCGGGACCUCACAAUUUCCACGAGCCAUCUGAAGACAUGCGCAGAAAAUUCGAAUCUUGGUGGAGCGCCCAAGUUUCGCCGCGGCCGCCACCAUUUAGUCCACGCCAUUAUUCGUCACCUGUGCCUAAAAAUCGCUCGCCUACUCUUAACGCUAUACCAGAUCAUUUGCAUCCAGCGUUGCAGACGGUCCAAAACCAAUAUCCGACACAGAAAACUAGAAUGAGGACAAGCUUUGAUCCUGAACUUGAAUUGCCGAAGUUGCAGCGUUGGUUUUCUGAAAAUCAACACCCAAGCCGGCAACAGAUACAACAAUAUGUAAGGGAAUUAAACAAUUUAGAAUCAAGACGUGGUCGUAAACCGUUAGACGUGAACAAUGUCGUAUAUUGGUUUAAAAAUGCUCGAGCUGCACAAAAACGUGCCGAACUACGCAACAUUGGAGGUAUUGGUUGUCAUCUUGGUGUAAAUGGUUUUAAUAGUAGGAGUCAUAGUCCAUCCAAUGGAUCUUUGAUGGCGAGUAAUGACAAUUACGCGAUGCAAGAUCGCAAUUCAAUGAAGAGUCCUAUGCAAAUGUCAGGCAGUCCCGGCAGAUAUCCAAUGUCUAUAAUGUCCGAAGACAAUUUGUCGAAUGCGGGAUCCGAUUUGGAAGACGACGGCGGGGAUUUAAAUCCAGAUGAUAGGCCUGAAAGUCCUGACGCACCCCUCUCUCUUAUAACUACAAAGAAGAAUAAUAAUGACGAAGAAAUGUCCAAACAAUCACCGAAGCCUCCCGAUAUUAUAAAGGUGCAUGAUAUAAAGCAGGAGCUGCGUGACUUGACCAGAUCUGAUCAAACAAAUUCUCCUCAACGAUCUCCUGACAAGAACAGCGACAGCUCUCACAAUAACAAUAAUAAUGUAAAAGAAGAAAACGGAAUAACAGACGAGCAAGACGUGGCUUCCGAUGACGACAUCGUGCAAGAACGACACUAUCGUCCUUCAACGCCGCAUCUGGAUCGCUUACCCUUCCCUAUGGUACCGAAUCAUCCGAUGUUCGGUCACGGCAUCAUGUACAUGAGCCAAUACAUGACUGGUUUCCCUGGCGUGGGUCCAGUACCCGGUGAAGGCGCCAGCGGCUUAAACCUAGCUCUCGCUGGUGCAUCUGACGAAAGACGCAAACGUAACCGCACUUUUAUAGAUCCGGUCUCCGAAGUCCCGGUUCUCGAACAAUGGUUUUCAAUGAACACCCAUCCUUCUCAUAAUCUCAUACUGAAGUACACAGAAGAGCUGAAUAGGAUGCCGUAUAGGCAAAAAUUUCCUCGACUGGAAUCAAAGAAUGUUCAGUUCUGGUUCAAAAAUCGACGGGCCAAGUGUAAGAGACUGAAAAUGUCGCUGUACGAACCGUCUUCACCCAGCCACUACUCGCAUCCCGGCCAUCACGCUAUUGCUGAGCGAAAGAUGGUGUGAACUAUUCGUAAUACAAACUAUGACUAGAACUAUUUGAAUCGCGAGUAGAAAUAGCAACGACUAUAGAAUUUUAAAGCGAGUAGCGACUCUACAUUUCUCUAAAUAACCUUAAACCCCAAAUGAAGGUCAUUAAUUGUAUUUCGCGUCUAUAUCUUAUUAAACUUGUACUAAAUAUAAAUAAGCAAUGAAUUAUUAAAUAGAACGAUAGUCAGUUGAAUAUGAUGCAGUCGCUUACAAUAUUACAGCUCUUUGUUUCAGGAUCUUUAGUAAGUUAACUCGCGACAUAUUUUAACUUAUACUUGGUUUAUCGAUACAUGUUAUGGCACAAAACGCUUCAAGUAAAUUACAUAAUGAGUGAUCUUGGAGUUGUAUUAACGCUUGUGAUUAGAAUCACAUGAUUUCGUUUCUAAUUUCAGCGUGUAUUACGAAAGACUGAAUUCGAAUCGUUUAUGGUAUGUAGUGCCAUGUUAGAAAUAAAAAUGAAUCAGUUCUGUACAGAUUAUAUUUUUAAAUUCUUUAUAUAGCAUAAUAAUUCGAUAACAGACUAUCGAUUAUUUGACAUUGAAUCGAUGUAAAUAAUUAGUUGGAAAGAUUUUAAAUUUCAUAUUGCUUAGACGGGCCGUAAAUUGUCUUUGAAUUGUAUUUGAACAUUUGUAGAGCGAUCAGUCGUAUUCUAUAUAUGAAUCUCAACUCUACCGAUAAGUACAUUCGCUUUGUAUAUAAAUAAUUUAGAAUUAAAUUUAUUUAUUAUAUAUUAAAUUAGUGAUGUUAUUGUGCAUUAUAUUAGUUAUAAAAUUUGUUAGUUAAUACUCGUAUGAAUGGAUAUUCUCACCAAACGUUCCAUUACUAUUAUAAGUAGUAACGUAGAAGGCGUAAAGUAGAGUACACUUUUAGAAUCGUAUUAAAUGUUAUAUGUAAUUAAUGAGUCAUUUAAUAUAGAUAUACGUAUGUUAAAUUGUAUUGCACAUAAAAGUAGAUCAUUUAAAAUUGUAGAUUAAAUUGAACUACGUGUAGUAAAAACUCUUAAGCUUAAAAACUUCGAUGUUAAUAAAUUCUUUGAGAUAAAUUUGAUAUCUCAAGUCACAUAUUACGCACAUUCCUUUAUUCGUAAUAUAUUUAAAUAAUACUUCCACAAUCCAAAGAUUGGUUCGUGUUAUAGAAUUAUUAUAAUUAUUUUGAUUACCAAAAUCGUAUCCAAUAUCAAAGAUAUCAUCUCAACGUUGAAUUAAUUAUAUUUUUUUUUCUUUUAGGACAACUUUUAUUGAGAAGUUAUCGCGAAUAUUAUCGGAAAUAUAAAACAUAGACAUCUGUAUUUAUCUUAUAAUUUGCAUAGAAAUGUUUGGAAUUCAAAAAUGUCUUCUAUUUUUAGUUAUAUUUUUAUUUAUUCCUAUAUAUUCAUAUGUGAAAAUUAUUGGAUUUUUUUGUCAUAUACUCAAGAAAUCUGGCUUAUUAAAAAUCAUAUUUUUUUGACAAUAAAGUAAAAUUAUUUGUUGUUCUAAUUUGUAGUAAUCUGUGGAUCCAAUAAUUUUUAACACAUUUUCAAAUUUUAAUAAUAUUAAGUGAUGUAAAACAUAUAGGCAUAUCCAUCGCCUUCCACGUUCCUUAUUUUUUCCUCACAUGCAUUUAUUUUGGAUAUAAAAACAGCAAUAGUGAACAAACAUUUUCAGAUAUACGAUGUCUAUUUGUCUAGCAGUAUUUACGCAUUUACUAUUCGAGGCUGUAACACAUUAUUGGAAUAUUGUUUUGUAGUUUUUAGAGUCAUGAAAGAUAGACCCAAUUCACAUCUGUAUAUAUUGAUCGAAUAGAAACACAUGAACAAUUACAAAAUAUAAUGAUAACGUAAAAAGUAUAGUCAGCUGCAUAAUAUUACAUACACUGUAUAAAAUUACAUAAAUUA